UAUGGGGGAAAAAGUAAUGGAUAGAAUAUAUAGCCUCAAGACAAAGCUCUCAGUGAUUGGUAAAGUACCUCUUGAUCAUCUAACUUCUUAAUAUAUUCCUUUAUCUGGGGUUAAGAGUAUCAUUAAGGCUCAAGUUAAUCUCGAAGAUCUUGAACUGAAUCAUCUUUCUGAGGCAAAUUUAACUCAAAUCGCUACUAGAAGUGCUAAUAAAGAGGUGCUGAAUCAUUCUGCAAACUUGGCAAUAUCUAAAAAGUCUUCAGCAAAACUAGUAAGUAUAAGACAAUCUUCUGCAGCAACCCUUGAAAGCCUAUUGAAAAAUGACAAAAGAGCAAAUUACAAUUUUUCAUGAAAGACCUUAAAGCUAGAGUUCAAGAAAGUAGUAAAAGAAGGACUGAUAACUCUCUCUAUUCAGCCAAGAAUAAUAUUUUGAAAUAGGUAUGGAAUCAGUUUAUACAAUCUUAAAGUGGGGUUUAAAGAUUAUUAAGGUAGUAUAGAAUAAUUUUUAGAGCCUUUAGAGUAUAAUUAAGUUCUCUGAAGAUUUUUCUAAGCUAAAAAAUUAUCAUUUUUGGCCAAAAUUUUAACAGAAAAGUCCUUGAAGGAGCUCACUCAAGGAAAAGAUUAAGAAAAGGCUUAAAGAAGUUGAAAAUGAGGAAGGUAAAGAGCAAUUUUAGUGAAUCUGGGAUUCAUGUACAAACAAAGAAAGGAAGAAAUUUGAGGAAAUUCAAAUUAGAGGAAAGUAGCAGGACGGUGAAAGCAAAGUGAGUUUUAUUGAUUAUUAUGGAAUUUUGGAGGAGGUUGAGGCGGGAGUUGGGGACAGAAGAAAAUCUCUACAUUUCUGGGGGGUUAGGUAUCCUCUGUACUGUCAUUUCGAAUGUCUGCGAGCUAAUUAUAGGGUUUAUAGAUCUUCAUUCUGAAUUAUUUCUGAGUCUAAACUUAGCAUCAACCAAAAAACCAAACCACUACCAGAAAAUAAUUAUCUAAAGAAAGAUAAUUCGAUUUCAAACCCUAGAAAAUCUAUGAUAUCUUCUAAGAUUCACAAAGCACCUAUCUCUCCAAAUUCUCCCAAAGUCAGCGACACCGCCUCCCAUGUUUCCGAAUCAACUAUAAAGCAUCAACUAAACAGUAAUGAUCUCCUAGGUUCAAACUUUUCUUCCUUCAACCUCACUAAAGCUACAAAUUUCAAAACACAUCACCCCAAGCAAGCCUGAUCCUUUUAUCCUCUUAGCAGCGAAACCAAACCUCUGAAGAACUGGAAAACGUGCCAGAGCCAGGCAGGCUCAAGUUACAUCCCUUCAGUGAAGAAGAAAAUGAAAUCAGCUGAUGAAAGCAACAACGUCAAGUCCACACAUUUUUCAAGCGGUCUCUUUAAGCCAAAGCCAAGGAGAACCUUGGCUUUGGCUUAAACUACUUGAAAGGAGUUUCAUGGGAAGCCGAAGGGAUUCCAACCAAAAGUCCCUCAUAUAGAUUUGGUGCUGACACCGGACAGAUCAUAUGAUAGCAAAGAAAUUGAAGAUGACAAGAGUCUUGCAACUUAAACUUGAAUUUGGAGGUUGGAGUAAUUUAGAAGGACUAUGAACCAUUUUUGAUACUUUGAAGAAGAAUUUUAUGGAGAAUAGGUGGGAUUAUUGCGUAGAAAGGGAAAUACUGGGUGCAGAAUUGGGUAGAAGAAAUAUUAAUGGGAGUUUUUAGUAGAUGUGACGUUGUUUAGUUAUUAAAUAGUAGGGAAAUGCAGAGCUUAGCCAGAGAGAGAUAGUCAGUGUAAAGAAUUUUAGAAAAGAUGGUUUACAAAUAGAAGUUUGUAAUAUGAGGUAGAAAAACUAACAAAAAGAAACUGAAAAUUGUUUUUUUUUUAUAAAAAAGCCCAAAAUUCCUCAUAAACCGGCUAAUCCACUUAAAAUCCCCCAAAUUAAUCAACAACCAACUAUUACCCCCUCCUCAUCCCCCAAAAACCACAUAAAAACCUAUCCCAAAAAUCUCCUCCUUAACCUCUCCCCCAUCCCCCAAAUCCCUCUACAAACAAAGGCCCCUUACCCUCCCUAAAUAAACACCCCAAAUCCCACACCUGCAACAGAGCCAAAAUUAAGAACCAGCCCAGGCGAGAAAGAGACCCUCAAGAAGGACUUAUUGAGAUAGAAAGGGGGAUUUUAAAGGAAGGAAUUGAGGGGGUGGAGGCGACAGGAAGGGAAGGGGUGAAAAGGGGGUUAAGGAGGUGGAUGAGGGGGUUUUGAAGGUGUAGAGGAGCUGAAGGAGGGUAUAGGUUGUGGUAGAGGCUUUUAGAUAGUGAGUUUUGGAGCUGUUUAAGGGAAAUUUUGGGUGUGUAGGAUUAGAAAUUUGGGGGAAUUUAGUGGGGGAGUAGAGAUAUGUUCCUUCUUUAUGAGAUAGGAGGAAGAUCUUUGAGUGAUUUGAGAGGAAAGUAAAAGAAGAGUUUUAGAAAGGUGAAAGGAUUUGUUUUAUUCAUCACCUUGAUUUGUAUCACAAGCUCAAAGAAAAUAAAUCAGUUUUGAAACAAUUCUUGCAAAAAUUAUUCCAAGAAUUUUGAUUUACUGCAAAAAAGGUUAGGAAGUGUGAAUGCUGAUGUGAAAUCGGACAACAUUUUGGUGACCUGAAAGGAAGGAGAUAUUAUUGAUGUAAAAUUAAUAGACUUGGGAUCAGCUUAUGAAUUUAGCAAGGCUAGGAGCUUUCCCUCAUAACUCCUGAGUAUUUACCACCAGAAAUAUUGUCAUAUCUUGACAACAAAAGUAAGCCAAAAUCUUAAAAAAUCAGCCUCAGAUUUACUUCAAUCUAUGAAAGCUUGGAGUUCAGAUAUGUGGUCAAUUUGAGUUAUCUUAUUAAAACUAGAAACAGGGUUUCCAAUCUGACUGAGUCUCAAAUACAAAACAAAAACUAAAGGCAAGCAGAUCCUUGGAAGAAGUAUCUUUGGUGUCUAAAGAAGAAACUGAGGUAAAAUCUACCAAAAACAAAAUUAUUUCUUGACAAAGUCCUCCAAUCUUUCUUCAAGAAAUGCCACACUUCUAGCCUUAAUAAAAACCAGCACUAUAUAAAUCUAUUACAAAGUUUGCUUGAACUGAACCCGAAGGAACGAAUCUCUCCAAGUGCGAUCUUAGACCCCCAUUCAUUCCAAAUAAUUAAUAUUCUAUUC